AUGGGAGAAACACGUGACAGAGGGGGUGGGGAACCGGAGGCCCAAGAGUCGGAGCAGGCGAGUAGCGAGGAGGGGGAGUCUGAUGAGUGCGAGGAGGGCGUGAAUGACAAGGCAGCGACGCGACGGCGGAGAAUAGCCGCGGGUACCGCGUCCAGGAGGAGCGGGGCCGCGAAGAGAUUAAAGGCGGAGGUAGGAAGGGGGAGCGGGCGAAAGGCAUCCAAAGAGGAGUUGGAGAUUAAGUACGGGUUCAGCGACGAGGAGGUCGUCGCGGCACGAUCCGCAUUGAUGGAAUGGUACGACGCGAAUAAGCGUGACCUGCCGUGGCGAGCGGCCGCAGGGAGCGAGAAAGCGGAGCGGAUGGAGGAGGGGCGCAACGAUAGCAAGGAGGCGCGGGAGGCAGGGGGGAACGAGCGCGGGGAGCAGGAGGCGCAGGAGGCGCGGGAGGAGCGGGAGGAGCGGGAGGAGCGGAGGGCGUACGGGGUGUGGGUGAGCGAGGUGAUGCUGCAGCAGACGCGCGUGGCCGUGGUGGAGCCCUACUUCCGCCGCUGGCUGGCGCGCUGGCCCUCCCUCCCCCUCCUCGCCUCCGCCUCCCUCGAGGGAGCGCAGCACAUACAGCAGCAGCACGGGGGGCGCAUGCCGCGCACAGCCAGGGAGCUGCAGGCAGUGCCGGGCAUCGGCCCUUACACCGCCGCUGCUGUCGCCUCCAUCGCCUUCCGCCAGCCAGUGGCAGCGGUGGAUGGCAAUGUGAUGCGCAUCAUGGCACGAAUGAGAGCCGUGCCACUGCCCAUGCAUGAGAGCGCCGCCACCUCCCUCUUCUCCCACCUCGCCUCCCAACUGCUGCACCCUGCACGGCCCGGGGACUUCAACCAGGCGCUGAUGGAUCUGGGCUCCCUCGUGUGCUCGCCCUCCUCCCCCUCCUGCUCCGCCUGCCCCCUCUCGCCCCACUGCCGCGCCCUCGCACUGCAGCAGCAGGGGGCACACAGAGGGGAAGAGGGGGAGGGUGGAGAGGGCGGGAAGGGCGAGGGGGCAGUGAGGGUGACGGACUUCCCUGUGCGCAAGGCCAAGGCAGCACCCAGAGAGGAGUGGGUGGCCGUGUGUGUCGUGGAGAGGAGAGGUGCAGCGGUGCCAGCGCUGGCAUCAGAGGCAUCAGCAGGUGUUCCUGCCAAGAAAGGCAGGCGCGCACACGGUAGCCCCAGCGGCAAUCAAUCUAGUCGUGAGGAACCUUCUCAGUACCUUCUGGUGCAGCGCCCGCCUACCGGACUGCUCGCAGGGCUGUGGGAGUUCCCCUCUCUGGUUGUGGCCUCAGGCACAGGCAGGCCAGCAGAGGUGCAAUGGAGGCGGGCUGUGGAGCAGCUGCUGGGGCAGAUGCUUCCCCGUGUGACUAUAGAGGGGUCUGGACAGCUUAGUUCGGAUGGGAGAAUGCUGCAGGCGGGGAAGAAUAAGGUGGAGGGGAGCAAGUGGCGUGUGAUCGAGAAGCAGGAUGUGGGCGAGACCUUGCAUAUCUUCUCCCACAUACACCAGCACAUGCUAGUCGAGAGAAUUGUGAUUGUGGAGGGAGUCGAGGCAAGUGAUUUUGUUGAGGCCAAGGAAGAGAAGGCCCCAAUGCCGCCGUCUAUCGACUUUCAGCCGUCGAUUCGCGUGAGCCAGUUCGGCGGGAAGAGCCAGCGGCAGCUCGCAGGCGUCUCCAGCAGCCCGCUCGUGCAGGACCACGUCGCCGCCGUCGCAAUGCGCGCCCGUCUCGAGAUGCGCAAGGGAUUGCCGCAGAGCACCGUGCGCCUUCUCGAUCCACCGACGAUGUCGCUGUCAAGCGCCGCCCCCCGAACCAGUCUUCCGCCGGCGGCUUCCGCCACACUAACCCCCCCGCUCAGCGCCAACACUGAAGCCGCUUCCGGAAGGUCGAGCGCCACCAGUCAAAAUUCUUCCGCCAUUUCACCGGAACCUGUUGGGAUGAGAAAACAUCCUUCUGCCAACCCUCCGCCGCUAACAAUCCCCCCGCUCGCGCCAAGCCCCUCCGCGCCCAUCACCCCCCACGGCACGUCCGCCAUGCAGCCGCCCCACACGCCUGGAUCUACGGCGGCAGCUCGAUCAACCGCAAUAGCGCCAAUGACGGCGGAAUCGGAUCUGGUGGCGGCGCCGCUCAAAGUGGCGGCGCAGUGGAGCCGCGAGGAGUGGCUGCUCGUGGUGCGCGCCGUGGAAGCCGGGUCAUCUGAUGACACCACAUUUGUCGAUGAUUCCGCCACGCUGGCGAGCCGCACCUCGACCGGCUCCGCGUCGACUUCCGACGACGACUACACCGUCAGCGCCGCGACGCGAUACGGCAGCUACAGCAGUUUCAACAACAGCAGCAACAAGGGCGCUGCGACCGCUCAGGCGCCAUCCACGUUCAUGCUUCCGAGCCCUUCCGGCUGCCCUCGCACGCCCUUUUCGCAUCUCAUGCCACAGGCGCCGGCGAACCAGCUAGCCGCCUCUUCCCGCGGCUUGCCGGCCGGCAGCAUGAUCUUGCCCAGCCGAGCCGACGCGUCGGAAGAGCUCCCCGCGUGUCCGUUCCUCGGCCACUCCGCGCGCUACAGCAGCUACGAGACAAAAGACGCCGGCCGCUCGGCCGAGCCUCCCUCACCGGGACUCCCGGGAACGAUGCCGUUCAGCGCCAUGACGACGCGCCGCAGCGCCGACGCGUCUCUCCCCGUGCGAUCCGCGACGGCGGGCUCGGCAAGCGCAGCCGGGGCGAGCGGGAGCCGCAGCAUGGGGAUGAGCGCGAGCGGCGUGCAGGUGGACGCGAUGAACCGCAAGCUGCUGACGGUGAUCACCAAGUCGCACGAGAUCUUCUCGCGCGACCUCACGCCCAACGGCUCGCAGGUCGCCGAUUACCUGCUGUCGCAGCUGCUGGAGCUCACGCAGUCCGAGUCGGGCUUCAUCGCCAGCGCGCUGAAGCGCGCCGAUGGUUCGCUGUACCUCAAGACGCACUCGAUUACGAACCUCGCGUGGAACCGCGACCUGCGCGCGUGGUACACGGAGAACGCGCCCAAGGGGCUCGUGUUCGGCAAUCUCAAGACCAUCUUCGGCCGCGUCGUGACGUCCGCUGACGUCGUCAUCAGCAACGACGUGCCCAACGAUCCGCGCGCAUCGGGACAAGGUGUGCCGCCCGGCCACCCGGUUAUGCAGAGCUUCCUGGGCGUUCCCUUGUUUUCCGGGCCGGAUCUGGUGGGCAUCUACGCGGUGUCGAACCGCGAGGGGGGCUAUAACGAGGGGCUGCUGAUGAGCAUCCAGCCCGUGACUAAAACGGUGGCGCAGGUGGUGGUGGGCGUGCAGCAGCGGCGCAAGAAGUGGGAGGCGGAGGAGCGACUCAACGACAUGCUCGAGGCGACACAGCAUGCGAUGGUGGCGGUGUCAGCGGACGGCAAGCUCACGUGCGCCAACCGGGCGGCGCGCAUGCUCUUUGCACUCGAGAGCAGCACAGAGGGCGACGGCGAUGCGACAGGUGGCAAGCUGCCAUUGGGGCUGAAGCUGGCGGACGUGCUGGUCAGCAUCGAUGGCGAUGAGGACUUCAUGCAGCGAGGCCUGGAUGCCUUUGCUGAGGAGUCGCUCUAUGAGUGGUCGGCUGAGGGACGGCAGCACCAGCCGCACGGUGAAGGGGAGGAAGGCGCAAACGAAGCAGCAGACAGCAUGGCGUUGAGAAUCACUGUGGCACGGGGCUCCUCCAGUGACGUGAAAUUCGUGGUCACUGCUAGGGAGGCUGCUGCGAGGCAUGGGAGACACACAGGGGAGGAGGUUGAUGGUGAUAGAAACGGGAUGGAGCACAGCCAUGAGGGGCAUGAGGUAGCAUAUGCACAUGGUGAUGAGCAAUGUGAGCUUGUGCUGUCAAAUGAGGAUGGCACCCUCACGAUUCUGGCUUGA